AUGCACCGACGUCCGCCUCUGCUCAGCACCCUCACCGUCUUUCCCCUUCUCUCCAACGCCUUCCUCUUCUCCUUUACACCCCCGACAUCAUGCGACCCGCUCACUGUUAUCUGGCAAGGCGGCACUCCCCCAUUCAACCUGCUCGUCACUCCUUCCCUCGACGUAGCCCGCAAUAUCUCCUUGCCAUCAACAUCUUUCUCCUCCAGCACUAACAGGGGAAACUACACUCUCCCGCAACUCGAACUCGACCCUGGUGCCUCCUUCCUUCUGACGAUGUCCGAUUCCACGGGAUUCGGCACAGGAGGCACAAGCGCUCUCCUCGUCACGGGGGCAAGUACGACAGGCACAUCAUGCAGCACUGUCGGCCCUAAUCUGGGGUUCGAGUUCUUUCUCCAGAGCGGAGGUGCAAGUCAGUGCAAAUCAUUUCAGAUCUCCUGGGACAGCAACGCCACACGCCCUGUGGAUAUAUGGGGGCUCAUUCCCUUAGGGCAGACGUUCCACCUCAUUGGGGCGACUGGGACAAGCGUUGACUGGACAGUGAACAUUGCCACGGGGACCAGUUUCUUCCUCGCCCUCGCCGACGCCGCUGGCAAUCAAGGCGGUACAUCAUCUAUCCAGUCUGUCGGAUCAUCAGACGACAGCUCCUGUAUCAACGCCAACUCCCCAUCCUCUACCGUCUCUUCCCAGCCUGCCCAGACCUCCAUCUCCGGGGGAGGCUCGUCGACCAGCCCUAGCUCUGGCACGUCCGACCCGGGCUCGUCUGGCUCGUCCAAAACAGGGACAAUUGUAGGCGCCGUCAUAGCCAGCAUUCUAGCCCUCGUCGCGGUCAUCUUACUCGCAAUCUUCUUCUACACGCGUCAUCGAAAGCGACAUGCAGCGUACGACCCCGACAAAGCAUACAAGCGUAAUGGAGGGAGGAUGGUCGACCUCCUUCCGGCCAACGCGUCAGCUACCGACCUCCCUCGAGGUACGGGGGGUCCCUACCCGAACCCCGCACAGUACGAGCCUGUGCCGUUCCUGGUCCCUCCCUUGGAGGAGGGGAGUGGAAGCAGCCAGGACGCGCGAAGCCUGCAAAAUCCUUUUGAGUCGCAGUCACAGCCCGGGGGACCAGGCAGCCAGCGAUGGGCCAGCACCGCACCAACUAGCACAACGACCGAUGCUACUGCUGGACAUGCGGGUCAGGGCGGGUACUACGUCGCCAACGCCGCUCCUUCCGCUGCAUUUGCAGCAGCCGCAGGCGCAGAGGGAACUUCCCGUGCCGCGGCUGCAAAACGCGCUGAAGCACGUGCCAGUGCUUUCCCCUCUCCUGCAGGCCGAAGAUACGUCCUCCAUACAGACGCAGGGAGCGUGCUGGAGAGUGAGGACCCGCCCGAGGAGGAAGAGGAAGCGGUCGUGGAGUUGCCUCCUGCUUAUGAUCUGAGCUUCAACAGUCGUCGGACGACAAGGACGGACGUAAGUGGGCUCCCUGGUCACCCAGUGGAGAGCACGGCUGGAACGACGUGGACAAGUAGCACGGGGGGAUCGGGGACUGGCAGUGAGGAUGCUGGGUUGGCUAGGCCCCCACCCGUGGGUACGAUGCGUAGUGCCGAAACUCUACGCCCGCCACUGCCUCGGAGAGGCGGGGUAGGGGAGAUGGGGCAGUAAAAAGGACUCGCAGCCACUCUUGUUCUGAAGACGCCUAGAGGGGGUGCAGAGGGUGGGAAUGGUAUUAAGUGUAAGCUGCCAAUGGAUGGCCGUAUCUGUUUUUAUUAUCCUGUUACCCUUCGUUUUUCGCACCGCUUUGAGCCCACUUGUUCGCACCCAUGCAUAUCCCUUCCGCUUCUUUUCAUCCACGACCCCUGGCAUUCUGAUGGCACUCGCCGAUAUUGAUCGCCACUUGUUUUUCGUACUAUUAUCGGACUGGGGACGGUUACGGACUUUGCAGACCUAGAGGGUGGCAUGUACGACAGCUAGGUGGGUAGGCUAGAUUGCGC